CUUCCUGUCCGUCACCCCUUUUCCUUCCCAACCACGGAACAUAUCUCUCCAUGGCAACACAUGCACAAAUACAACACAAUACCCCAUAAGGGUCAUUACAAUAUUUUUUCAGGCAGCGUAAAUUCCUACUUCCUACUUAGUAAUAUGAAAACAAACAGCUUUGAACAUGCAUGGGCUGAUUUAACUAUAGCUUGUUAGCCACCCUGAAACUGAAGGCGGACUACUAUAAAACACAAACCAUGGCGGGGGUUAUCCGGCGGCUCGACGAGACGGUUGUUAACCGGAUAGCCGCAGGAGAGGUUAUCCAGCGACCUGCUAACGCUGUCAAAGAAAUGAUUGAAAAUUGUCUAGAUGCAAAGUCCACGAACAUCCAGGUGACGGUAAAAGACGGAGGACUGAAGCUGCUCCAGAUUCAAGACAACGGCACCGGUAUUAAGAAAGAAGAUAUGGAAAUCGUGUGUGAGCGGUUUACCACAAGCAAGUUACAGAUAUUUGAGGACCUCUCUUCCAUUGCAACAUAUGGAUUCAGAGGAGAGGCUCUGGCCAGUAUAAGCCACGUUGCCCAUGUGACCAUAACAACAAAAACAGCUGAUGCCAAAUGUGCCUACAGGGCCAACUACAGUGAUGGUAAACUAAAAGGUCCUCCAAAACCCUGCGCUGGAAACCAGGGAACACAAGUACUUGUGGAGGAUCUCUUCUACAAUGUGUCCACUCGGAGGAAAGCUUUGAAAAGCCAGAGUGAUGAGUACUCCAGGAUUGUAGAGGUGGUGAGCAGGUAUGCCAUACACAAUUCAGGGAAAAGCUUUUCUGUCAAGAAGCAAGGAGAGACCGUCGCCGACGUGAGGACUUUACCCAACGCGUCUGUGGUGGAUAAUAUCAGAGGAGUUUUUGGCAAUGCGGUCAGCAGGGAGCUGAUUGAGGUUGGCUGCGAGGACCAGAAACUUGCCUACAAGAUGAAAGGCUACGUCUCCAACGCAAACUACUCCGUCAAGAAAUGCAUCAUGAUCCUCUUCAUCAACCAUCGUCUGGUGGAGUCGAGCGCUUUGAAGAAAGCGGUGGAGACGGUUUAUGCUGCGUACCUGCCCAAGAACACACACCCUUUCCUUUAUCUCAGUUUAGAGAUCGCCCCUCAGAACAUAGACGUGAACGUGCAUCCAACAAAGCACGAGGUGCAUUUCCUGCAUGAGGACAGCGUCAUCGAGAGUGUUCAGAAACACAUCGAGGGCAAACUACUGGGCUCCAACUCCUCGCGCACAUAUUUCACUCAGACGUUGCUCCCCGGGUUGUCUGUCUGUGGUGGAGGUGAGGCCAAGUCGUCAAGCGCCACGUCUGAGUCCACUGAGCGGGUCUACGCCCAUCAGAUGGUGAGGACGGACUGUCGCGCUCAGAAGCUGGACGCCUUCCUCCAGCUAAAAGAGAAGCGGCUUCCCGAGGCCGAGCCUGCCGGGCCGAGCAGUGCGGCUCUCGAGGCCAACUUGGGUCGGUCCGACAGUGCAGAGCCGGAUGACGUAGACAUGCUGGAGGCCCUGGACCAAGUGGAGGCUGGAGUACCAAAAAACGAGAAGGAGAGCUGCACCAAAGUCCACGAUGUGCAAAGGAAACGACCCAGGAAGGAGCAGGAAGAGCAGGAAGAGCAGGAGAUGGUCGAGGAGGAGGAGGAUCUGACGGCUGCAGCAACACCUAAGAGACGAGUCAUCAAACUGAGCAGCAUUAAAGAUCUGAGAGGGGAGAUCAGCGAGAACACACACAAAGGUCUUCAGGAGAUGUUGCAGAAUCACUCGUUUGUGGGCUGUGUCAACCCCCAGUGGACUCUCAUCCAGCAUCACACCAAACUCUACCUGCUCGACACCACCAGGCUCAGUCAGGAGCUCUUCUACCAAAUCCUCAUCUACGACUUUGGCAACUUUGGUGUGCUGAGACUAUCUACCCCAGCUCCUAUUUAUGACCUGGCCAUGUUGGCUCUGGACUUGGAGGAGAGUGGCUGGACUGAAGAGGAUGGCCCCAAAGAAGGCUUGGCUCAGUAUAUCGUGGACUUCCUGAAGAAGAAAGCAGAGAUGCUGGAGGACUACUUCUCCUUGGAGAUAGAUCAAGAGGGAAAUCUCAGCGGACUGCCCUUGCUGCUUGACAAGUACACACCUAUCAUGGAGGGCCUGCCCAUGUUUAUCCUCCGCCUGGCAACUGAGGUGAACUGGGACGAUGAAAAGGAAUGCUUCCGAGACUUCAGCAAAGAGUGCAGCAUGUUCUACUCCAUCAGGAAGCGGUACAUCUUGGAGGCGGAGCCUGGAGAGGAGAAGGAUCCAGAGCUGAACUCAUGGCAUUGGAACGUUGAGCACGUCAUCUGUAAGGCGCUCCGUACGCUCAUCAGUCCUCCCAAGCACUACAGUGAGGAUGGCACUGUGCUGCAGAUCGCCAACUUACCGGAUCUCUACAAAGUGUUCGAGAGGUGUUAGGUGAUCAGCGGAGUCAUUAGCCAUACAUGCGGCUCUUUUAUAUUCCAUGUACUGUUGAAAUUAAAUUUCUAAUUUGUUUAUUGCG